AGAAAGCGAAAAACACACAAAAAUACGGUUAAAAGUUCUGGCGGGUAUGAAUAACAUGAACCGUCUCAGACCACCGUUCCCUCCUAGAAUGGUAGCACGUGAUAUUGUUACGGUUAUAUCCAAUGAAAGUUCUGAGCGCCUUAAAGCGUUUCAUGUUUAUAGAAUAUACUUGCGUAAAAAUGCAGGUUCACAAAAUAUCAUACUCCCAAAUAACAUACUAUCACUUGCUUCGAGUAGGUUUUGGGCUCAAGAGCCGAGGCAUGUUAAAGAGAUGUAUCAGGAAUCGGCUGCCAAAUAG